AGGAAGCGGCUGGCCGGAGCUACCGUGCACGGGCAAAACAAGCACCGCCCGGGCUCGGGAUCGCCCGGGACCUUCUGGAGCCCGCACCUCGGAGCCCGAGGGAGGAGAAGGCGGCGGCCGCUCGAGUGCCCGGUCAGCUUUCUAGCUGGAGCGCGAUCAUGGAGGUGGUGCCGGCCGAGGUGAAUAGUUUGCUUCCAGAGGAGAUAAUGGACACUGGUAUAACUUUAGUGGAUGAUGAUAGUAUUGAGGCUGUUAUUGUUUCAUCCCCAAUUCCCAUGGAGACAGAACUGGAAGAAAUUGUCAACAUAAAUUCUACUGGUGACUCUACAGCCACGCCCAUUUCCACGGAACCAAUCACAGUGUACAGUAACCACACUAACCAAGUUGCAGUGAAUACCACAAUUACUAAAGCAGAUGCUAAUACCACAGUGAAACCAGCUUUUCCAAGUGGCCUUCAAAAACUUGGUGCUCAGACUCCUGUGACUAUAUCAGCCAAUCAGAUUAUUUUAAACAAAGUAUCACAGACAUCUGAUCUUAAACUUGGCAAUCAGACCCUUAAACCAGAUGGACAGAAGUUAAUUUUAACAACUUUGGGCAAGUCUGGUUCACCAAUUGUUUUAGCACUGCCCCAUAGCCAACUACCCCAAGCUCAGAAAGUUACAACUCAGGCCCAGUCAGGAGAUGCUAAGUUACCACCGCAGCAAAUUAAAGUAGUUACCAUUGGAGGGAGGUCAGAGGUGAAACCUGUCAUUGGUGUCUCAGCAUUGACCCCAGGAAGUCAACUGAUUAAUACGACAACUCAGCCCUCUGUGUUACAGACCCAACAGUUAAAAACAGUACAGAUUGCUAAGAAGCCUCGAACACCAACCUCUGGUCCAGUAAUCACGAAGCUGAUCUUUGCAAAACCAAUUAAUAGUAAAGCAGUUACAGGACAGACAACUCAAGUAUCACCACCAGUCAUUGCAGGUAGGGUCCUUUCACAGUCUGCUCCCGGAACCCCGUCCAAGACCAUAACGAUAUCAGAAAGUGCUGUUAUCGCAUCAACUUUAAACUCUACAACACAGACACCAAAUAAAAUAGCCAUCUCACCUCUGAAAUCGCCAAAUAAGGCAGUGAAGUCAACGGUGCAGACCAUCACUGUUGGAGGAGUGAGCGCAUCCCAGUUUAAGACAAUCAUUCCUCUGGCGACUGCCCCCAAUGUCCAGCAGAUCCAAGUGCCUGGAAGCAAGUUUCAUUAUGUGCGACUUGUCACAGCCACAACAGCCAGUAGCUCAGCCCCGCCGGUUAGUCAGAAUCCCAGUACAAACACUCAGCCUCUUCAGCAAGCAAAGCCAGUGGUUGUCAAUACAACUCCAGUGCGGAUGUCAGUUCCAAUUGUCUCAGCUCAGACUGUCAAACAAGUUGUUCCCAAACCAAUCAAUCCAACUUCACAGAUAGUGACCACUAGCCAGCCACAGCAGCGGCUCAUCAUGCCGGCCACGCCACUGCCGCAGAUCCAGCCCAACCUCACCAACCUGCCGCCGGGCACCGUCCUGGCACCAGCUCCGGGAACAGGGAACGUGGGUUACGCAGUGCUUCCAGCCCAGUACGUUACUCAGCUGCAGCAGUCCUCAUACGUGUCUAUAGCAAGCAACUCCAACUUUACCAGCACAUCUGGUAUCCAGACCCAGGCAAGGCUUCCGUUCAAUGGAUAUUGUGAUUGCUUUGCAAAUGGUGAAUUUUGCAACAACUGCAAUUGUACUAAUUGUUAUAACAAUUUGGAACAUGAAAAUGAAAGGCAAAAAGCAAUAAAGGCAUGCCUCGACAGAAAUCCAGAAGCCUUUAAGCCUAAGAUAGGCAAAGGAAAGGAGGGGGAAUCAGACCGACGUCACAGCAAAGGGUGUAACUGCAAACGAUCGGGAUGUCUCAAAAACUACUGUGAAUGCUACGAGGCAAAAAUAAUGUGUUCCUCAAUAUGCAAAUGUAUUGGCUGUAAGAAUUUUGAAGAGAGCCCAGAAAGAAAGACACUGAUGCACUUGGCAGACGCAGCCGAAGUCAGGGUCCAGCAGCAAACGGCAGCAAAGACUAAGCUAUCCUCUCAAAUUUCGGAUCUGCUUACGAGGCCGACACCGGCUUUGCACAGCGGGGGAGGAAAGUAAGUCAGUAGUUUUAUCUCUUCUUAGAUAGCCGAAGCCACGUGUAACUGCCUUCUUGCCCAGGCAGAGCAGGCAGACAAGAAGGGGAAGUCAAAGGCAGCCGCCGAACGGAUGAUACUCGAGGAAUUCGGACGAUGCUUGAUGAGUGUCAUCAGCUCCGCAGGGAAAGCAAAAAGUGACCCUUGUGCCAUGAAUUGCUAACUCCUGCGCAAAAGACUGAUAGAUGGAACUGUGCGGAAAAUGUAAGGUGCAGGGACACUUGAUUUUCUGGAAGAUAGUUUAACGAUUACUGUAUUUUAAUUCAGUCCUUGUUUUAAGAGACCUGAAAUUAUAAUAUUGAAAGAGAAAAAAUUUUAAAUGAGGAAAUUAGUAUGUUUUAAAUCUUAGAUCU